UCAGUCAGAGAAGGCGUGAGAGAAAGAAAAAGACGAUGCCUGCUGACAUUCUCUUACACUCACACAGUGCACGGUGGAUUUUCUGAUUUGACCAAAGUCACAUUAUUAAUAUUAUAUUACUUCUUUUUAAGUUCUUCGACGUGACCGUGGAGACAUUACCAGAGUCGGAGGAUGCUCCCACAGGUCAUCCGGAUUCUUUACGUCUUGUCGUUCUGCUUUUUCCAAGGAGGCUUUAUCAGACUGAGCUCCUGUAAGGAGGAGAUAAAGCCCCCCAGCAGGGCACCACAGCUGUCGCCUUCAGACUUCCUGGACAAGCUCAUGGGAAGAACAUCGGGCUACGAUGCGCGGAUCAGACCCAACUUCAAAGGGCCACCUGUGAAUGUCACCUGCAACAUUUUCAUCAACAGCUUUGGCUCCAUCACGGAAACCACCAUGGACUACAGGCUCAACGUCUUUCUCCGUCAAAAAUGGAAUGACCCCCGUUUGGCGUACAGAGAAUACCCAGACGACUCCCUGGAUCUGGAUCCGUCCAUGUUGGAUUCCAUCUGGAAACCAGAUUUGUUUUUCGCCAACGAGAAAGGAGCCAAUUUCCACGAGGUCACCACAGACAACAAGCUGCUACGGAUUUUCCAAGAUGGCAGUGUUCUGUACAGCAUCAGGCUGACUCUCAUCCUGUCCUGCCCGAUGGACUUGAAGAAUUUCCCAAUGGACAUUCAGACGUGUACCAUGCAGCUUGAGAGCUUUGGCUACACUAUGAAUGACCUCAUCUUCGAGUGGCUCUCUGAAAAACCCGUACAAGUGGCCGACGACCUCACACUGCCGCAGUUUGUGCUCAAAGACGAGAUGGAUUUGGGCGAUUGCACCAAAUAUUACAACACAGGUAAAUUCACCUGCAUUGAGGUGAAGUUCCACCUGGAGCGUCAGAUGGGCUACUACCUAAUCCAGAUGUACAUCCCAUCGCUCCUCAUCGUCAUCCUCUCCUGGGUGUCUUUCUGGAUCAACAUGGACGCCGCCCCCGCCAGAGUAGGUCUGGGCAUCACCACCGUGCUCACCAUGACCACACAGAGCUCCGGGUCUCGGGCCUCGCUGCCAAAGGUGUCCUACGUGAAGGCCAUCGACAUCUGGAUGGCGGUGUGCCUUCUGUUUGUGUUCGCCGCCCUGCUGGAGUACGCGGCGGUCAACUUUGUCUCCAGGCAGCACAAGGAGUUCAUCAGGCUGAGGAAAAGGCAGCGGCAGCAAAGAAUCGAACUCGCCUGUCGGAAUGGGAGUGUGGAGUCGUUACGGAACAUGAACGACAUUCCCACUAGCGAUUCCACCUGCAGGAAUGUGACGCAGCACUGCAGCGCCUGUAUCAGGGAGGAGGAGCUGGUGAGGGAGAGCCGCGGAUUUUACUUCAGGGGUUACGGAUUGGGCCACAGCCUGCAGUCUAAGGAUGGCACCGCCGUGGAGGGGGCCACUGUCUUUGGACCCCCGCCCCCGGUCACCGUAUGCGACGGCGAGGUCCUCCACAAGCGCUUCGUGGACCGGGCCAAGCGCAUCGACACCAUCUCCAGAGCCGUCUUCCCGUUGAGCUUCCUCAUCUUCAACAUCUUCUACUGGGUCACCUACAAAGUGCUGCGACACGAGGACAUCCAUGCCAAUUUGUAAAGGCCGUCCUCUUUGGAUGUUGCCGGGUCUGCCUCCCAUGUGGCGAGGAGAUGUGCCAAAGAGGUGCAUGUUCCUCUGGGAUCGGGAAUAAACGCUGUGCUCGGACGCGUCGCCGGGUUAUCGAGCCAAAAAGAACCUUUAAAAGUUGAUCUGAGGGGAUUGAGGGAUGGCACCGCGCCCGUUGGCGGUCGCUCUCCUCAAGUUUGAAUCAGAGACACAAACGUCUGGAUUCUUGACGACGCUGACAUGUCAUCGAGUGAGGACUUCCAAGGUUGGGACUGGCGGGAUGAGACUUGAAUUUCCACUUUUCAUCACUGAAUGUUUUAGAAAAUUCAAACAACGAUGGGUUUUUUCUACACUUUUGGUUAAACAAGCAGGUGUAGGGAAAAGAUCUUUGAUAUUUAUUUACAAAUAUUCGCAAACUUGACCUACUUGUAAUGAGAUUAUAUACAUACAGUAUAUGACAGUGUGUAAGAAUUAUAAUA